CGUCGAUGCGGUAUGGCAAAUCCACGGAUAUCCGGUUUCUUCCCCGGACGAUUCGUAAUGGUCACGAAUCUUAUUUACCCGUAAAAAACACACCGUCGUAACCUUGGAUUUAAAACCUAUUUUCGGUUCAUCAUCAUAAUGUAGCGCCGUCGUACUCGAACAAUAAACCAAUAAAAAAAAAUAGUGUUAUUAUUGCGCUAUUCGUACGACCGGACUGUACCGCGGAUACCGCGAGCAAAUGACAUAUUAUUAUCAUCGGUAUCGCUCGGGUUAUCACUUGCCGCCACUGAUACGACGAAAAAAACAACAACAACAACAUCGACGACGACGAUACUGAUAUUAUUAUUUUUGUUGUUAAUAACACUAUCGCCGAUCAGAUCUCCGCCGCCGCCGCCGCCGUCAAUCCGCAGGGUCGUCCGUCCUACUGGGCAGCCCUUUGCGCGCGCACGUGUGCGUUUGCGUGUGCGUGCGCGCUUGUAUUCGCCGCCGCCGCCGCCGUCGACUCGACGUGCUCCUCUCGGCGGUCGUCGUCACACACGGAUACCGAACGUCGACGUUCGGACGUGCACGUUAUCAUUCGCCGCUCCCGCCGCCGCCGUUGCCGUCCCUCUUCCGACGGAAACCGGUGGUCACUGUUGUCCUGUCCGGUUGCCGCCGCCAGCGUCCCGGUGCUCGCCGCAGCCGCUCAUCGCCGUCCACGUCGUUCUGCUCGCGAACUUCGUAGCACCGAUGGCCGUGCGCGCCCCAGCCAAAAAUGACUGUAGCUGCGAGCAGACUAGCUUACAUUUACAUGCUGAAAUCGAAAAUUUAAAACAAAAACUCUUAGAAAGAGAAAAUCACAUUGUCAACAUGGAGACUAAUUUUCUUUGUGAAGCUGAAAAAUUUCCUCAUGGCGAGUAUGCUGCAUUAACAGAUGAAAUAUUAAUAUGGCAAGACAAAUAUUCUAGAUUAUUAGAAUCACAUAAGAGAGUCCAACGUGUCAACCAAAGUCUUGAAGAUAAAUUAUUGUUACUUGUUGACAAAACUGAAUCAGAAAAGAAUGUAUUAAACUCAGAAAUCACAAUUAUAUCUCAAAAACUGGUUGACCAACAAUUUCAAGUGAAUCAAUUGAACGAUGAAAAUGAAAGGUACAAAAAUGAUCUUAAUAUUGCUAUUCAAUUACUUCAGUGCAAACCAUCUCAUUUUGUUUCUCAAAAAUAUGAUAACCUGCCAAGUGAAUUACAAUCCAAAGUUCGAAAUUAUAUUUUUAGCAAACAACGUAGACUGUCAGAUGGCAAUGGUAACAUAGCACAGAAAUCAGAAGGAAAAACUAUAAAAGUACCAAUUCCUACAUUUCCUCCAACAGCAAUGGUUUAUUCAUUGAGUAAUGAUAAAGAUCUGAAGUCAUCAAGAGAUGCAGAAGAAGGAUCAUCACAGCCAGUCAACAGUGUUUCAGCUGCAAUCCUGGCAAAAGUUUUAGAAGAAAGAGUCAAAGAGCGGUUAACUCAACGACACUGUUCUACUUGUUCAUGUGCUAACAAAACUGGCGACCCUAAUACAGACCAACAAGAAUGUCAUUCACCUCAAACAGAUUCCUCUGAUAAACGAAUGCGCACCCUCACAAAAUAUAGUAAACGACCAAUGACAACCAAAAGUUCAGAGUCUCUAGUAUCUGAACCAGAAUUGUCGUCAUAUUUUGAAAGCUCUGUAUCUUUAACUGAUUCUUCUGAUAAUGGACUAAAAUUAUCAGCUCGGUCUAGAUUAUGUUCGGUACGCUUACAAGAAGGCAGUAAUAAUAUAUUAUUAGAUAACGCUGCAACACCAUAUACAGGUCCUAUUCUCUAUAAAAGUCGUUCUUCUAGCGGUGAGUAUGACGAACCUUUGGUGCACGCACAAAAAUUGGUCGACCGUAACAUCCAUGCAAACGAACACACACGUAUAAUGAUUUCAGAUGAAGAAAUUAUUUAAAAAUUGUACAGUUGGUAAGAAUAUGAGUGUAUGUGAUUUGUUUAAGAGUUAUAUAAUUGGUAAGAACAUGAGUGUAUGUGAUUUGUUUGACAAUAAUUUUAUUAGGUGAUUGAUUUAAUUAAAAUAUGUAUAUUAACCGGAAUAUACAUUUUAAAUACAUAGGUUUGUUAUGGUGACUUUAUUAUACAUCAUUAUUUAGUGUGGAAAGUCUCCUUUGAACUAUCACUAUGAAAAAAGUCACAAUUUAAAUUUCCUGAUGUUAUAUCAUAAUACAAUGAAUCAAUUUACCAAUAGAACACUUAACCCUUCAUUAUUCACCUUAUUGAGUAAUAUUAUACCACAUGUGCUAAGCUUCUUUCUGAAAUUAAUGAUUUCAAAGAUUUUAUUAUUUUUUUGCUACAGAUGUGUCUUGAAUGCAUGAAAAUAUUAAAUACACAUUUUUUACCAUCUCGCGGUAACUAUGAACAUUCAUUCUAUAUUAAUUAAAAUAUCGAAACACACUGUCAUAAUACUUUUAUCACAAAUGAUAUCACGUGCAUUAGAGAUUCCUAUGUUUUUACCUUCAAAUGAACAAAAGUUUUAACAUGUCUGGGGUAUUAAAAUACUCUGUGAUGACCAAUGAAGGGUUCUGUUGAAAUAUGUAUAAUAUGUUAAAUCAUGUCUUUGUAUCAAUAAUUAAGAUUAAAAUAAAUAAGCAAAAUAACAAUUAACUGUUCUUCAGGAAGAUUCACUAAGCAUAAUUCACUUUACAUUUUAAUAACUGAGUUAAACUAUGUUUAACAAUUCUAAAUAUCUGAAUUUGAAAAAGUUUUAUCAUUGUUCAAGAAAAUAUAAAAAAAUG